AUAACAGUGUCAUUUUCACAGAAUUUCACUAUAAAGUGAGUGCUAUAGGGCUUUCAAAAAGUCAAUUUAUUUCAAGAUAGCACUCGCCUCCUUUGCAUAUUCGGAAUUCACACGAUUUUUAUUCGAUUGAUUGCUUAGAAUUGAUUUUACGAUUAAUAAAGUAACAGUAAGCCAUUAUACCUAAAACUUCGACCUCUUACUAGAGUAAAGUUUUGUUUACAUGGUGUUUAUUCUUGUGUUUAUCAUAGAUUGUGUUUAUUUAUUUAUGUAGUGUUCAUGGUUUAUUCAUUGAUUCAUUCUUUUUCUAUAAAUGUAUACAUAUAUAUGUUUACUAGUUUUUACUAAUUUUUAAAUGAAGUACGAAAUAAAAUAAUGUAUACCCUUCUUUAUGGUUUCUAUAAGUAUGCUACUCAGAAAGAUGAAUAUUGUAUUCUAAUUUUAGGGUUGGAUAAUGCUGGAAAAACUACGUAUUUGGAAGCUGCUAAAACAAAAUUUACCAAAAACUAUAAGCGCAUGAACCCUGGAAAAAUUACUACCACAGUUGGUUUAAAUAUAGGUAAAAUUAGUGUAGCAGGAAUAAGUUUAAAUUUCUGGGAUUUAGGAGGUCAAAGUGAAUUACAAUCCCUUUGGGAUAAAUAUUAUGCUGAAUCACAUGCUAUUAUUUAUAUUAUUGAUUCAUCUGAUAGAGAUCGCAUUGAAGAAUCUAAAGAAACCUUUGAUAAAAUGAUUGCAAGUGAAUCUUUACAAGGAGUUCCAUUACUUGUAUUAGCAAAUAAGCAAGAUAUUGAAGAUUGUAUGGGAGUACGAGAAGUUAAACCUAUUUUCAAUAAGAAUGCACAUUUAAUUGGUAAACGAGAUUGCAUGGUGAUGCCAGUUUCGGCCCUAACAGGGGAAGGGGUAGAUGAAGGAAUUCAUUGGCUUGUUGACUGUGUAAAAAGGAACAACUUUGUCAGACCUCCACGUAAUAACGAAAAUAAUUAAAAUUCAAAUUGCAUUUUUUAUAUGUAGGUACAGUACAUCUUUUUGUAAAUAAAUAUU